CAGCCGGUACAGGGAACGCCAGAUUUUCAAAUUGUUUCCUCCAGUCUUGAGUAGGCUCUUGAUAAAAAACACCUGUUUCUUUUUACUUGCUCCAAACAACUAAAUAGAAUUCAUUUUUUUUAAGCAGUCUUAGUUGUGUUUCUGUGGUUGUAACCCCAGUGCUUGGAUAAUACUAAGCAAGAUCUACAAAGAGUUUGCAUUUGUGAAAACGCCACAUUUUUAUAAAAUAAUAGCUUGUGUUAAAAAAAAGAAACAUUCAAUAUUCCACUUGCAAAACUAUUCUUUAAUUACAGGAUUCAUUUGCAGCACUUGCUAAACAAACACAGCCUUCAGAUACACAGCCCAAAGUUCAGCUGGCUGGAAAAAUCAGGUACUGUAGCCACACCCAGAAUGACAAUGAAAAAAGUGCACUCUCUUUCAGACUACAACACUCACAACAGAAAACAGACUGAGAGAAUGGCUACUGGAAAAACCUUAGAGGAACUGCACAGUGAGCUCACGUGUUCAAUCUGUAAAGAGCUCUUCAAUGAGCCUGUCAUUUUGGAGUGCGGUGAUCACUUUUGCAGGAACUGCAUCAGCCAGCUCUGGGGGAAAAAUAAAGGCAGUUUCUCUUGUCCUCGGUGCAGCGCCUUGGUAGAAAGGAGCCUCCGGCCCAACCUGCUUCUGACUAACGUUGUGGACAGCGUGAGGCGGUCGAGAGCGGAGGCCCUGCAUGCAUCUCUGAAGGAGACUAAGUGCGAAGAGCACAGAGAGGAGCUGAAGCUGUUCUGUGAAGAUGACCAGAGAGCGAUCUGUGUGGUGUGCGGCUGCUCCAGGGAGCACAAAACCCACAAUGUUAUACCCAUCAAGGAAGCCUUCCAGACCUACAAGGAGAAGUUAUCAAAGUCCCUGUGGAGAAUUCAACAGCAAAUACAAGAAGCCACUCAGUUAAAGGCAGAAGUAGACCAGAAGAGAUUAGCCCUAAAGGAGCAGGCUGAAAGCCUGGAAGUGCAGAUUGAAGAUGACUUUACUAAACUUCACCAGUUCCUGGAUCAGGAAGAAGGGGUUCUGAUUAGUAAGCUACGGAAAGAGGAAGAGGGGCUCCGGAAACAACUGGAUGAAAACGGGAGCUAUGUUACAGCAGAAGUGAGCAGAUUGGAGCAAGCAGCCAGAGAUCUGGAAAAUAAACUGACACUCCAGGAAACCCCUGAGUUACUUAAGGAUAUUAAACAUCUCCUCCGUAGGACGGAGGUGAAGUUUCAGAAACCAGAAGAGGUUUAUGUUAGCCUGCAGGCUGGAGAAUAUAUGGGACCUCUCCAGUACAGAGUGUGGAAGAAGAUGAAAAGCAUCCUUAAUCCAGUUGCCUCCCCAGUGACUCUGGAUCAAGACACUGCACACCCCCAGCUUAUUGUAUCAGAUUCUCGGACCAGUGUCAGAGUGGGAGACACCAUCCAAGCUCUCCCAGACAAUCCAGAAAGGUUUACCAAGUAUCUCAUUGUCUUGGGCUCUGAGGGUUUCGUGUCUGGGAGACACUACUGGGAGGUGGAGGUGGGUGACAAAAUCGAGUGGGAGCUGGGUGUGGCCAGAAAGUCUGUCAAAAGGAAAGGGGAGAUUACCGCCUCCCCAGGGAAUGGAUUCUGGCGCUUGAUUCUGAGGAAUGGCAAUCAGUAUCAGGCUUGUACCUCACCCCCGAUCCGCUUAUCUAUGAAAGUCAAGCCCAGGAAGAUUGGAGUGUUCCUAGACUAUGAAGGCGGGCAGGUGUCGUUUUACAAUGCAGAUGACAUGGUCCAUCUCUACACUUUCACUGACACUUUCUCUAAAAAAAUCUACCCUUACUUUUAUCCUGGUGACAACGAAGGGGGUAAAAAUAAGGCGCUCAUGAAAAUCUUUACCCCUCAGUUAUAAACCGAGAUUCCCAUCUGCUGUGCACAAGUCUUUUUUUUUUACUCUGUACUGUAAAGGCAAAUUAAAAUUUGUAUUCAAAAGUUGCAUUUAAAUAUGAUAUCUGAAAAAUAAAACAUGUAUACCGUAUACACACACGAUCACAUUGUAAUGUUUUCACUGUAAUGUAUUAACAUGGAGGAAAUACUGUUACUA